UCGCGUAAAACUUGUAACCGUAGCUGACUUAAGAUCAAGUUUCUUCUGUUUAACCUAUUAUUAUUGUCAUCUGCUUUCUACAGCAGCUCUAAACCACGUUAAACUCUUGUGCCCUUGAGGGCUAUCGAUUUGUGUGCCAAAGCAGACUUUGCCUCUAAAAACUCAGACCCGUUGGUUGUAACGGGUCCAAAAUUUUUCUGUUUGAAAGACCAGCAUUUUUUAAGUGUGCAUAAAUAAUUUGGGUUUCCCUAAGAAAACAUUCGUGGCGGAUUUUCUAAAAAAAAUGUAACAAUGCUCUCUCCGCACCGUACCUAAUUUCUAAGACUGAGAAUUCAUACGGCCAAGUAUGUUCUAUCACAGGUACUCCCCGCCGUCUAUGAGAGAGGAUGUCCUCGUCGGACAAAGACAAACAGCAGGAGGGCCCGUCCAAGGCCGAAGAGCAGAAAGAGGCCAAGAAGAAUGCCUUCAAGAACGAUGGCAGCUUCUUGGAGAUGUUCAAGAAAAUGCAGGAGGAGGCGGCCAAGAAGGAGCAGAAGCCCGAGGACUCAAAGUCCCCUAAUAUUCCAGCUUCCUCCUCCUCAUCGUCCGUCUCAUUGUUAGACGACGCCGAGAAGCCGCCCCCCGUGUCUGUGGGCAAAAGAAGGGGCGGCCGAGUGUUGCCCACCGGACAGGUGAAAAAGCAGAAGAACGAGGGCGAGGAGGGUCAGGGCAACGCGCCCUCCAAGGACGCCUGGUCGGCCUACAUGGCCGAAGUAAAAAAGUACCAGAGCUCCACCUGCGAAGAGGAGGGCAAGAAUCGGCCUCUCGUCAAAUAAAAUCAAUGAAAAAUAAUACGUGAACAUAAAACAAUUAUUACUUAAAAAAAAAAUCAACGAAGUGUUUUCCGAUGAAUGUCUCACAUUAAUGUAUACUCGCAAAAUUAUCAAUUAUUGCACACUAAGGUUAAUUAAGUGAAAGUGGACACUUACAAUUGCUGGUUCUUCAAAGAGGAAAAUUGACUGAUU